CUGAGACACUGCCUCCUCUAGAAGGUAACCGCAACGCGUAUUCGGCAACGUGUGUUUAGAAUUAUUCACAACAAUGGCAUCAUCGAAGAAAAAAGUCUGCAUUGUAGGAUCAGGAAACUGGGGUUCAGCAAUUGCCAAAAUUGUGGGAAACAAUGUGUUGGCCAUGCCAGACAAGUUUGACACAGAGGUUCGUAUGUGGGUGUUUGAGGAGAAGGUGGACGGGCGGAAUCUAACGGAAAUCAUAAACAAUGACCACGUCAAUGUGAAAUAUCUCCCAGGAAUUGAGCUUCCCAAGAGUGUCGUUGCUAUACCUGAUGUGAAGGAGUCUGCAGAGAAUGCUGACAUUCUGAUCUUUGUGUUGCCACACCAGUUCGUACGAGGUGUUUGUAAACAGCUCGACGGUAAAGUCAAGAAAAGUGCCAUUGCUGUCUCUCUCAUAAAGGGUUUUGAUGUAGCGGAGGGAGGUGGGAUACUGCUGAUAUCAGAUGUUAUACGAGAAAUGUUAAAGAUCCCUUGUGCAGCUUUAAUGGGAGCUAAUAUUGCCAACGAAGUAGCCAAAGAAAAUUACUGUGAGGCCACAAUAGGAAUUAAAGUUAAAGAGCAUGGUCCCCUCCUGAAAGAUCUCUUCCAGACAGAUUAUUUUAGAAUUGUUGUUUGUGAUGACGAAACAACAGUAGAAGUCUGUGGUGCUCUUAAGAACAUUGUGGCAGUAGGGGCUGGUUUUGCUGAUGGUUUGGGCUACGGUGACAACACAAAGGCAGCUGUGAUCAGACUAGGUCUCAUGGAAAUGAUCAAGUUCUGUGAAGUCUUCUAUCCAGACUCCAACCAGUCCACAUUUCUUGAGAGCUGUGGAAUAGCUGAUCUUGUCACUACUUGUUAUGGAGGCCGAAACAGAAGAGUAGCCGAGGCUUUUGUUACAACUGGAAAGUCAAUAGAGACGUUAGAAGCUGAGAUGCUUAAUGGUCAGAAGUUACAAGGCCCACCCACAGCUUAUGAAGUCAAUUACAUGCUAAAGAGUAAAAACAUGGAAGAUAGGUUUCCAUUAUUCACUGCCAUACAUGAUAUAUGUAAAGGUAAACUGGAGGCCAAAAAGUUCAUGGACUGCUUAAAGAAUCACCCAGAACAUAUGUUGCAUAAACAUCGCCUUUAGAUUAUUUCUACGAGCUUCUGGGAAUGACUUUUAUCCGCAGCUUCUACUUUCCUUUCUAGUGCAUGUGAACUUCAUUGUAUAGCAAGCUUAAUAGUUUAAAGUAUGCAUGUUUUCACAUAGGCUCCAGCUUUCAUGUUUAUUUGUUUUAUUUCUGUCUCGGAGUAUCUCCGUUAUUUAUUAUUUGUUUAUGCAUGCUGGUAUGCUGGCUUUUAUAUUAUUUAUCCCUAUGCAGUAUACAUACCCUGUUUUCUAUAUCUUUGCUUGCUUUUAAGUCUUCUAGUAGGCCUGCUUGCUUAUAAUGAAUUGAAACAAGUUAAAUCGAAUGAAAGUCAUACAAACCUUUUAAUUAUUAUCAGCAGUUUUUAUUUGAAAAAAAAAGCAAUACAUGUAUAUUAAAAGAUUAAUAAAAAAAAAGAAAUAACCCAUAUUUGUUCACAGCAGUGCUUAUUAAUUAUUUGUUCACUUUAUCUGUAUUUAUAAAAUUUAUCUAAAUGUAUCUAUAUGGUUGUGUUAUAAGGUUUUUAGCACACUCUUGCUACCAGCAAAUUCAAACUGCAAACAUAGAUUCACCUUGUCAUGGCUUGAUUGCAAAUUCAUUGAUUUUUAUCAACUUGCUUCUAGUUCAUAUUCAUUAUGAAUUUAUUUUGUGUUGCAAUGUGCAUAUAUACUUCUCAAUGACUGUUAGAUAUUACAUGAUAUACUUAAGGAUGAUUGAGGUAUAACCUGGUAGUAUUAUAUUGUUGCUGUCAUGUAUGAAUUGUGGGGAAAUUAAAUGAUAAUUACAAUAUUUUA